AUGGAAAAUACAAAUAAGGUAACAGAAUUUAUACUGUUGGGACUUUCCCAGAACAAGAAAAUUAAAAGCCUGUGCUUUCUAUUGCUCUUAUUUUGUUACCUAGCUAUUUGGAUGGGGAAUGCGCUCAUAAUGAUUUCUAUCACUCAAAGCCAGCUGAUUGACCAGCCCAUGUAUUUCUUCCUUAACUACCUUGCCCUCUCAGAUCUGUGCUACACUUCCACAGUGACACCUAAACUAGUCACAGACUUGCUGAAAGAAAGGAACACCAUCUCUCACACUGGCUGCCUGGCUCAGCUCUUCGCCCUGCACUUCUUCAGGGGCAUCGAGGUCUUCAUCCUCACGGCGAUCGCCUAUGACUGCUACGUGGCCAUCUGCAGGCCCCUGCACUAUGCCGUCAUCAUGAGCAGGCCCAGGUGUACUGCGAUGGUCGCUACAUGCUGCUCAGGGGCAUUUCUGCACUCCUUUGCCCAGGGCCUCCUCAUUACCACCCUGCCUUUCUGUGGCCCCAGCAAAAUGGACCACUGCUUCUGUGAUGUGUUCCCUUUGCUGGAACUGGCCUGCACUGACACACACAGAGCCGGGAUCCUCGUGGUGGCCAAUUCAGGCGUGAUGGGACUGGUGGUGUUUGUGGUUGUGAUGCUGUCUUACGUGCUAAUCUUGUGCACUGUCGGGGCCUGCUCUGCAGAGAGCCGCAGGAAAGCCCUUUCCACAUGCAGCUCCCAUGUGAUGGUGGUGGUUUUGUUCUUCGUGCCUGUGCUCUUCAUUUACAUCAGACCAGCCGCCACCUUCCCAGAGGACAAAGUGUUUGCCCUGUUCUACACCAUCAUCGCUCCCAUGUUCAACCCCCUGAUCUACACCCUGCGG